CCAUGGCUGGGCACAGCCGCCUUCCCGCCGCGGGCGCAGCUUCCUUCGGCCACCAGCAGCCCUGGACGGGCCCCGCUGUUGGAUCUUCCAUCGCACGGGAGGAGGAAGAAGCCAACCCCUUCUCCUUCAGGGAGUUUGUGCGGAGCAAGAACCAGUAUUUGGCAGGCCCCGGCCUGGAGGAAGCAAAGGGGCUGAGCAGCGUUGCCCUGGCCUCCUCAGGGUCAAGCACCAGCAGCCCCAAGGAUUCCUCAAGGUUCUCACUCCUCCUGGACGACAGCCCCUCGUCCCCUGGGUCUUUGGAUGUGGCCUUCCACAAGCAGUUUCCCCCGGACCCAAUGGCAACUAACUCCUCGCUGGAAGAUGAAGACGAGGACAGCGAAUGGAGCAGCACCUAUCAGCCAUCAGCUGUUGAAGAGGCCCACCUGGGCAGGGUGCCCAGCACCUCCUUGGACAGCACCCGUGACUCUUUCUGCUGCGAUCCCUCUGACCUGUCUGAGCUCCAGAGGUUUACUCCGUGGAAGCUGGGGGCCAAGGAGGACCAGAGCUUGCCUGUGGAUGGAGCUGCCAGGGGGGACCACUUUUACCUGCCUCCUUGCCAGCCGACUUACGAAGAAUUAAAAGAAGACAAUUCCAAGUUGAGGAGUAAGAUCAGCCAUCUUCUAGCAGUUUCUGAGAGUCAGGCAGAGAGAAUCAAGCAGCUGGAAAGGACCCUGGAGGAGAGUCGGCAGAAAGAGGAGAAGGAGACCCGGGACUUGGAGGCGAUGGUGCAGCAGGUGGAGGAGAACCUUAAGCUGAUGGCGGUUCAGGUGGAGAACUACAAGUUAGAAAAUGAAGCCUUGAAAUCUAGCCACUCAGCUAACCUGGCCAUAGUGCAGCACAAUGCCAAGGCUGCCUUGCAGAAUCUCCUCACCGUCAUCACAAAGUCCCAACCAUCCAUCAGGCAGCUGCUCUCUGGCGCGAAAGAGCUGCAGAUGGUGGCUGAACUGCUGAAGUCACUGGACAAAAUCUCCGAGAUACCACAAGGGUCUUUCUAAUAAUUGUGGAACAGGACCUAAGGACUUAAGCAAAGGCUUAAUUGGGAAUUGGAGUUUGAAGGGGGAGGGGUGGAAGAAGCCUUUUUCCUGCCCAGGGGCUGCAGGACCUUGUGAAGGAUCACCAUCAGUGGUCAGUUCUGGAUGGGGGCAGGCAAAGCCACCUGUGCGCCCCCACACCUCCAGGUGCUUUUGAUGCUGAGACACAUCUUCUUCCUCACUGGUCUCUGCCAUCACUCUCCAGCUCCUCACUGGGUGCACCUCCUGGCUUCUCUCUCAUACCUUUGCAUCUGCUUUGCUUGUCUCAGCCACCCAGGGCUGAAUUGCUCUUGCCCCCCCCUGCCCCCCCAUGGGCUUCUCUUGCGACUGCAGUCUGCUUGCCUUUAUCACUGAAUGCACCAUUAUGUGUUGCUGGCUUCUAGUUAGAGAUGACUGCUCAGUAAAGACCCAGCAUGAAAACACU